CCACUUUAAAGGCAAUUGCAAAGAACCAAAGGCAAAGCAGAGCAUAAAAAAAAGUUACAAAAUAAAAAUAUUUUAAAAAACAACCCCACUAGGGUUUGACCGGAGAGGGAACAAAAUUGGGAAAUUGCAUCAAAACCCAGAGAGAGAUUAGUUCUUAGUGUGGGCAAUGAAUCGAGUAACCGCUUUUUGAUUUUCCCCCGUUUCGGUUGAGUCGCUUUCUCGCUUAACUCAUCAAGAUCUACCUUUCAUUUCUACCGUGAUCUUCGGAUUCUAGAGAGAGAAACAAAACAAUUUUUUACUAUUUGUUUUUGUUGUUAGUUAUUGCUUUUUUAAUUUUCUUUUGAACGUUGGGAUCGGAGGGCAAAAGAGGGGUUUUAUUAAAAAAGUAAAGAUUUUGGAGGGGUUCGAGCUGUGAGAGUGGUGGUUUUUUUUUUUGUUUUCAAUUUUUUUGGUAAUAAUUUGGAAUUUGCGAACGAAUUUUUGUUAAAAAUAUUGGGGGUUAGUUUUUUAUGCAAUCUGGUGGUGGUGGCGGAGGUGGGCCCAGCCGGAACCCGGGGGUGGGACCGGUGGGGCGGGCCGCAUCUACAUCGUCCGCAGCUUCUCCGUCAUCCUCGUCAUCCGCCGUUUCGACCCCUCAGCAGCAGCAGCAGCACCAGCAACAACAGCAGCAGCAGCAGCAGCGGCAGCAGAAGCAGCAGCAGCAGCAAAUAGCGUCUAGGCAGUCAUUACAACAACAACUUCUGAGAAAACCUGAAGGAAAUGAAGCCAUCCUAGCAUAUCAAGCCAGUGCCCUUCAAGGGAUGAUGGGGGGAAGAAAUUUUCCUUCACCUCCAGGCUCCAUGCAACCGCCUCAACAGGCCAGGAAAAUUUUUGAUCUGGCUCAACAACAUGCUUUUGCCCAGGACAGCCAGAAUAGGAGUCAAGGUAUUGACCAACGAAUGCUAACUCCUGUUCAGCAAGCUUAUUAUCAGUUUGCUUACCAGGCUGCUCAGCAACAGAGGACACUUUUGGCACAGCAGCAAGCUAAGAUGGCAAUGUUGGACUCUCAAUCUGUUAAGGAUCAAGACAUGGGAAUUGGAAAUUUAAAAAUGCAGGAACUUAUUUCCGUGCAGGCAGCUAAUCAGGCUCAGGCAUCAUCCUCUAAAAGCACAUCUGAGCAGCUUGGUUGUGUUGAAAAGCAAAUGGAGCAAGGACCACAGUCAGCUUCUGACCAAAGAAAUGAGCCCAAGCCACCUACCCAGGCAACAGUUAUUGGACAAUUGAUGCCUGGAAAUGUUUUAAGAGCCAUGCAGGCACAACAUGCUCAGCAAACUGUUCAAAACUCGGGAAACAAUCAACUUGCUAUGACUGCACAGUUGCAGGCAUGGGCACUUGACCAUAAUAUUGAUCUGUCUCAAUCUGCAAAUGCCAACUUGAUGGCACAACUCAUUCCACUCAUGCAGUUUAGGAAGGCUGCACAGCAAAAAACAAAUGAAAGCAAUAUGGGUUAUCAGUCAUCACCUGUGCCUCUGUCCAAGCCGCAGGUCACUUCUCCAUCAGUUCCAAGUGAGAGUUCUCCCCGUGGUAAUUCAUCAAAUGAUAUGUCUGGCCAGUCUGGCUCUGCAAAAACCAGGCCGACAGUUCUACCUAGUCCUUUUGGUUCAACUUCCAGUGCUGGGGUGGUUAACAAAGCUAACAACAUUGCAAUGCAGCAGUUAGCUAGUCAUGGCCGAGACAACCAAGUGCCUCCCAGACAGCCAGUUGCGCAUGGAAAUGGGAUGCCUUCUAUGCAUCCUCCACAAUCAUCUGCAAAUACUAGCCAGAAUGUUGAUCCAUCUUUGCCAGGAAAAAAUUCAUUAGGUGGCACAGAAAAAGUGCAAAUGCAGUAUCUUAAACAGUUAAAUCGAUCUUCUCCACAGCCUACUGCUCCUAAUGAUGGAGUAGCGGUUAACAAUUUACCACCACAUGGGGGAGCAGCUAACAAGAUGCCACAGCAACGUUUUGGUUUCACUAAACAACAACUUCAUGUUCUUAAAGCACAAAUACUAGCAUUUAGGCGCUUGAAGAAAGGAGAAGGUACACUUCCGCAAGAGCUUCUUCGAGCUAUUGUUCCCCCACCACUCGAGCUGCAGCAUCAGCAAUUUCCUCCUCUAGGUGGAAAUAACCACGACAGAAAUGGUGGAAAGAUUGUAGAAGAUCAAGUGAAGUAUUUGGAGUCAAAGGAGAAGGUUUCACAGGCUGGGGCAUCUACCAAUGGACAGAAUAAUACUAAAGAGGAAGCUUAUACUGGAGAUGAUAAAGCAACUGCAUCAACAGCUCAUGUGCAAGGUGCAUCAGCCACGGCCAAGGAAUUUUCAUCUACGGUACCUGCUGGGCAAGAAGAGCAGCAAAGCUCUGUCUUUUCUUCCAAGUCAGACCAAGAAGUAGAAUGUGGUCUUCCAAAAACUCCUGUUAGAAGUGAUUUUAGUGUGGAUAGGGGAAAGGCUGUUGCACCUCAAGUUGCUGUAUCUGAUGGAGGACUAGUUAAGAAACCUGUGCAAGCAAACUCUACUCCCCAGCCAAAAGAUCCUGGCUCUGCCAGAAAGUAUCACGGACCACUGUUUGAUUUCCCCUUCUUCACUAGGAAACCUGAAUUGUAUGGUUCAGCAAUAGCUAACAGCAAUAAUAAUUUAACUUUGGCAUAUGAUGUCAAAGAUCUUCUCUUUGAAGAAGGAAUGGAAGUACUUAGCAAGAAAAGAUCAGAAAAUUUGAGGAAGAUUGGUGGCUUACUAGCAGUAAAUUUGGAGAGGAAAAGGAUUAGGCCCGAUCUUGUUCUGCGACUGCAAAUUGAAGAAAAAAAGCUUCGACUUAUAGAUCUGCAGGCACGUUUGAGGGAUGAAGUUGACCGGCAGCAACAAGAGAUAAUGGCAAUGCCUGACAGACCAUACAGAAAAUUUGUCCGUCUCUGUCAGCGUCAGCGUAUUGAGCUUGCCAGACAAGUACAAGCUACUCAGAAGGCCCUGAGAGAGAAGCAAUUGAAAUCCAUCUUUCAGUGGCGUAAGAAACUCCUUGAGGCUCACUGGGCCAUCCGUGAUGCACGAACUGCUCGCAACAGGGGAGUUGCCAAGUACCAUGAAAGAAUGUUAAGGGAGUUUUCAAAGAGGAAGGAUGAUGAUAGGAAUAAAAGAAUGGAGGCCUUAAAGAAUAAUGAUGUUGAAAGGUACAGGGAGAUGUUGAUUGAGCAGCAAACAAAUAUCCCUGGAGAUGCUGCAGAGAGAUAUGAAGUUCUUUCAUCAUUCUUGACGCAAACUGAAGAGUAUCUUCAGAAGUUGGGAAGUAAGAUAACAGCUGCCAAGAAUCAGCAGGAAGUGGAGGAGGCGGCAAAUGCUGCUGCAGUUGCUGCACGGUUGCAGGGUCUAUCAGAGGAAGAAGUUAGGGUAGCUGCAACUUGUGCUGGAGAGGAAGUAAUGAUAAGAAACCGAUUCAUGGAAAUGAAUGCACCUAGGGAUGGUUCAUCUGUUAGCAAGUAUUAUAAUCUUGCUCAUGCUGUGAAUGAAAGGGUCAUAAGGCAACCAUCAAUGCUACGAGCUGGAACAUUACGAGACUAUCAGCUUGUUGGUUUGCAGUGGAUGCUUUCUUUGUAUAAUAAUAAACUAAAUGGUAUCUUGGCUGAUGAGAUGGGUCUUGGGAAGACUGUUCAGGUUAUGGCAUUGAUUGCUUAUUUGAUGGAAUUUAAAGGAAACUAUGGUCCACAUCUUAUAAUUGUUCCAAAUGCUGUUCUGGUAAAUUGGAAGAGUGAGCUCCAUAAUUGGCUGCCAUCUAUAUUAUGCAUCUAUUAUGUCGGAGGAAAAGAUCAACGUUCAAAAUUAUUUUCUCAUGAGGUUUUGGCAAUGAAAUUUAAUGUCCUUGUGACAACUUAUGAAUUCAUCAUGUACGACCGGUCAAAACUUUCUAAAAUUGAUUGGAAGUACAUCAUAAUUGAUGAAGCACAGCGAAUGAAAGACAGGGAAUCUGUUUUAGCUCGUGAUCUUGAUAGGUACCGCUGCCAAAGGCGUUUACUUCUCACUGGGACACCAUUACAGAAUGACUUGAAGGAACUCUGGUCACUGUUAAAUCUUCUCCUUCCUGAAGUGUUUGAUAAUCGCAAGGCAUUUCAUGAUUGGUUUUCACAACCAUUCCAAAAGGAAGGCCCUACACAUAAUGCAGAGGAUGAUUGGCUUGAGACGGAGAAGAAGGUUAUUAUCAUACACCGACUUCAUCAAAUUCUAGAGCCUUUUAUGCUUAGACGUCGUGUUGAAGAUGUGGAAGGUUCACUUCCUCCAAAGGUCCCAAUAGUUUUAAGAUGCAAAAUGUCAGCUAUUCAGAGUGCCAUUUAUGAUUGGAUAAAAUCAACUGGGACUCUUCGAGUUGAUCCUGAAGAUGAGAAGCGCAGGGUUCAAAAAAAUCCAAUAUACCAGGCUAAGGUGUACAGAACUUUAAAUAACCGGUGUAUGGAGCUUCGGAAGACUUGCAAUCAUCCUUUGCUUAAUUAUCCAUAUUUCAAUGACUUCUCCAAAGAUUUCCUUGUAAGAUCUUGUGGGAAAUUGUGGAUCCUUGACAGGAUCCUAAUAAAACUGCAGAGAACUGGGCAUCGUGUAUUACUCUUUAGUACCAUGACUAAGCUUCUGGAUAUCUUGGAGGAAUACUUGCAGUGGAGAAGACUUGUCUACAGACGAAUUGAUGGAUCAACUAGCUUGGAAGAUCGUGAAUCAGCUAUUGUUGACUUCAAUAGGGCUGACUCUGAAUGCUUCAUAUUCUUACUAAGUAUUCGUGCAGCUGGACGUGGUCUUAAUCUUCAAUCUGCUGACACUGUUGUUAUAUAUGAUCCUGAUCCAAAUCCUAAAAAUGAGGAACAGGCAGUUGCUAGAGCUCACCGAAUUGGACAAACAAGGGAAGUCAAAGUCAUUUACAUGGAAGCAGUUGUUGACAAAAUCUCUAGUCAUCAGAAGGAGGAUGAACUAAGGAGUGGAGGUACAGUUGAUUUUGAGGAUGAUUUUGCAGGUAAGGAUAGAUAUAUGGGAUCUAUUGAAGGCCUCAUAAGGAAUAACAUUCAACAGUAUAAAAUUGACAUGGCUGAUGAAGUAAUCAAUGCUGGACGUUUUGACCAGAGAACAACACAUGAAGAGAGACGCAUGACUUUAGAAACAUUAUUGCAUGAUGAAGAGAGGUAUCAAGAAACUGUCCAUGAUGUUCCCUCCUUGCACCAGGUAAAUCGAAUGAUAGCAAGAAGUGAGGAAGAAGUUGAGUUGUUUGAUCAAAUGGAUGAAGAACUGGAAUGGACUGGGGAGAUGACUUGUCAUGAACAGGUACCUAAGUGGCUUCGAGCCAGUACAAGAGAAGUGAAUGCUGCUAUAGCUACUUUAUCAAAGAAGCCAUUAAAGAACAUUUUAUUUACUGCUGGUAUUGGUGCUGAAUCCAAUGAAACAGAGACUGAGAGAAAAAGGGGGCGACCCAAGGGGAAAAAGCAUCCUAACUAUAAGGAAAUAGAUGAUGAGAAUGGGGCAUACUCUGAAGCAAGUUCUGACGAGAGAAAUGGUUAUUCUGGGAAUGAGGAGGGAGAAAUUGGAGAAUUUGAAGAUGAUGAAUUUAGUGGUGCUGUCGGGGCAGUACCUAUAAAUAAGGACCAGUCAGAAGAAGAUGGCCCACUUGGUGUUGGUGGUAAUGAGUAUGCCCAGACUUCAGAAAACAUUAGAAACAACCACAUGGUUGAAGAUGGUGGUUCUUCAGGAUCAUCAUCGGACAGUCGUAGACCAACGCAGAUGGUGUCUCCUAUUUCACCUAAGAAAUUUGGAUCUCUCUCUGCAUUAGAUGCUAGGCCUGGUUCUGUUGCAAGAAGGCUGCCCGAUGAGCUAGAGGAAGGUGAAAUUGCAGUAUCUGGAGAUUCUCACAUGGACCACCAGCAAUCAGGGAGUUCGGUUCAUGAUCGUGAUGAAGGUGAAGAUGACCAAGUUGUCCAACCCAAGAUAAAACGCAAGCGUAGUAUUCGAGUUCGACCUCGUCAUACUGUGGAGAGGGCAGAGGAGAAAUCUGUGACUGGAGUGCCUUGUCUCCAACGCGGAGAUUCAUCUUCAUUGCCUUUCCAGCUGGACCAAAAAUACCAAUCACAACUAAGGACUGAUACUGAAUCAAGACCAACUCGUGAGCGCAAUGCUUUCAAGCUUGAUCCAAAUGAUUCAUCUUCAAAAAGUAGAAGGAACUUGCCUUCAAGAAAAAUAGCUAAUACAUCAAAGUUGCAUGCAUCACCAAAGUCUGGUAGAAUGAAUUCCAAGUCUGCUUCUGCAGAAGAUGCUGGCGAACCCUCAAGAGAGAGUUGGGACAGUAAACUGGUCAAAACAAGUGGUCCUUCGAGUUUUGGUGCUAAGAUGUCUGAUGUCAUCCAAAGAAAGUGCAAAAAUGUGAUUACCAAGCUUCAUCGGAGAAUAGAUAAGGAGGGUCAACAAAUUGUACCACUUUUAACAGAUUUGUGGAAGAGGAUUGAAAACUCUGGUUACAUGGGUGGAAGUGGAAGUAAUCAUUUGGAUUUCCGGAAGAUUGAUCAGCGUGUUGACAGAUUAGAGUACAGUGGAGUUAUGGAGCUUGUUGCAGAUGUGCAGUUAGUGUUAAAAAGUGCAAUGCAUUUUUAUGGGUUUUCGCAUGAGGUCAGAUCUGAAGCAAGGAAAGUACACGAUCUGUUUUUUGACUUGUUGAAGAUUGCAUUUCCAGAUACUGAUUUUGGAGAAGCUAGAAAUGCUCUCUCUUUCUCUAGCCCAGUAUCUACUUCCACCUCAGGUCCCUCCCCUAGGCAGGUAGCCAUUGGCAAGAGACAAAAGCUGAUAAACGAGGUGGAAUCCGAUCCAGGCCUUACUCACAAGUCAUUGCAUCGUGGAUCCACUCAUGCUGGCGAGGACACAAGGGUUAGAAUGCACAUGCCCCAAAAGGAAUCCAGGCUUGGGAGUGGAAGCGGCAUUACCAGGGAACAAUAUCAACAGGAUGACUCUCUUCAAACUCAUCCAGGGGAUCUGGUUAUUUGCAAGAAGAAGAGGAAAGACAGGGAAAAGUCUAUUUUGAAGCCUAGGACUGGAUCAAUUGGCCCUGUUUCACCUCCGAGUAUAGGUCGCAGCAUUAGGAGUCCGGCAGCAGGAUCAGUCUCAAAGGAUACAAGGCCGACCCAGCAAACCACCCAUCAGCAAGGUAGGCCCAACCAGCCUGCUCAUCCGCCAAAUGGUGGUGGUGCGAGUGUUGGUUGGGCCAAUCCUGUGAAGAAGUUGAGAACAGACUCGGGUAAAAGGAGACCAAGCCAUUUAUGACUUUUUAUAGUAUCACCUAAUUGAAAAAAAAAAAAAAAAAAAAAGCAAAUUGCUGCCAUUUAGUACAAGCAUGGAGUGUAUUUUGUGGCCAUUCAUGGGCUGUACAAUUGCAAUUAGAUCAUACCAUUAAUGUAGAAUGUAAGUUCAUUGAUCCCUCAUUGUAUACCGGUCUUUCCAUGUUUUCAAUGCAAUAGUCCUCAUAUCUGCUCCUUGCGGGUAUGGUUAUGGAUUUGACAGCUGAGACUCUUUGUAAAGUUCAUUUUUUUAUAAAGAUGCACGAAUUAUCAGAUUU